UGGAGGUCUGUAGGGAUGAAGGACGGCUCGGUUACUAGGCAACCCGAUCUGGGCCCGCCUCUCGCCCCUGUUGCUGGGAGACGGCGAGGCCAGGGGGAGGGCGGCGGAGCGGAUCCUACGUGCUGACGCUAAUUGUAUAUGAGCGCGAGCGGCGGGCUCACGGGUCUUUUUUAGCGCCAUCUGCUCGCGGCGCCGCCUCCUGCUCCUCCCGCCGCCACUGCCGCCCUGAGUCACUGCCUGCGCAGCUCCGGCCGCCUGGCUCCCCGUGUUAGCCACCGAUAUUUGGAGUUCUUACAACAUGGCAGACAUUGACAACAAAGAACAGUCUGAACUUGAUCAAGAUUUGGAUGAUGUUGAAGAAGUAGAAGAAGAAGAAACUGGUGAAGAAACAAAAAUCAAAGCGCGUCAGCUGACUGUUCAGAUGAUGCAAAAUCCUCAGAUUCUUGCAGCCCUUCAAGAAAGACUUGAUGGUCUGGUAGAAACACCAACAGGAUACAUUGAAAGCUUGCCUAGGGUAGUUAAAAGACGAGUGAAUGCUCUCAAAAAUCUUCAAGUUAAAUGUGCACAGAUAGAGGCCAAAUUCUAUGAGGAAGUUCAUGAUCUUGAAAGAAAGUAUGCGGUUCUUUAUCAGCCUCUAUUUGAUAAGCGAUUUGAGAUCAUAAAUGCAAUUUAUGAACCUACGGAAGAAGAAUGUGAAUGGAAACCAGAUGAGGAAGAUGAAAUUUCGGAGGAGAUGAAAGAAAAGGCCAAGAUUGAAGAUGAGAAAAAAGAUGAAGAGAAAGAAGACCCCAAGGGAAUUCCUGAAUUUUGGUUGACUGUUUUUAAGAAUGUUGACUUGCUCAGUGAUAUGGUUCAGGAACAUGAUGAACCUAUUCUGAAGCAUUUGAAAGAUAUUAAAGUGAAGUUCUCAGAUGCUGGCCAGCCAAUGAGUUUUGUAUUAGAAUUUCACUUUGAACCCAACGAAUAUUUCACAAAUGAAGUAUUGACAAAAACAUACCGGAUGAGGUCAGAACCAGAUGAUUCUGACCCCUUUUCUUUUGAUGGGCCAGAAAUUAUGGGUUGUACAGGGUGUCAGAUAGAUUGGAAAAAGGGGAAGAAUGUUACAUUGAAAACCAUUAAGAAGAAACAGAAACACAAGGGUCGUGGGACAGUUCGUACAGUGACCAAAACAGUUUCCAAUGACUCUUUCUUUAAUUUUUUUGCCCCUCCUGAAGUUCCUGAGAGUGGAGAUCUGGAUGAUGAUGCUGAAGCUAUCCUUGCUGCAGACUUUGAAAUUGGCCACUUUUUACGUGAACGUAUAAUCCCAAGAUCAGUGUUAUACUUUACUGGAGAAGCUAUUGAAGAUGAUGAUGAUGAUUAUGAUGAAGAAGGUGAAGAAGCGGAUGAGGAGGGGGAAGAGGAAGGAGAUGAGGAAAAUGAUCCAGACUAUGACUCAAAGAAGGAUCAAAACCCAGCAGAAUGCAAGCAGCAGUGAAGCAGGAUGUGUGUGACCUUGAGGAUAACCUGCACUGUAAUAGCCUAAACACAACUAUUAUUUACUUACAGCCUUAUGUUUUUGUAUUGAUAGACUCAGUAAAAAAAAAUUUUUUUUUUUUUAAAGAAAGGAAACGGACAUUUUAAAGACCAAUUUGUUCUACUUAGCAUUUUAACUAUAGUUUUCCUGCCAGAUAUGUUGAAGGCACAAAAUCUUGUCACGCAUGUUCAUUCAUUGCUACAUAGUUUGGUUCUUCUGGAGUAUUUCUAUCCUGUAACUAUUAGAUUGCAGUUAUGAAAACACAGAACUGUUAAAUGAAACACAUUUUUUGCUUUACUAAUUUUUUUUUUCCUGAAGAACCAAAGUCUCUUUUUCAGCUGGUAGUUGAAUGGAUUAAAUUUGCCUGCAUUAGCUGUGCCUUUCAUUAUUUGUUUUAGAAAUCUGUGGCUUAUAUUACGACUAUUCAUCAUAAGGGGAAAAAGUUGCCAAGAGAAGUAUAUGGUUAAGAAUUUCCAGUAAGACCAUACCCAGUAACUUAGAUAGUUAUUAGGUUUUUUUUGUGUUGAUAGGUAGCAUGUUUAACAGAAAUAAACCUGGUUUACUGUUUGGUAAUUAGUUAACCACAGGGAGGUGAAUAAAGCCUAGUAUUUUCAAAAGUUAGGAUACUUCUAAAUUUAACCUCCAUUAACUAAGCAUCUUUUCUUUGUGGUAGGGUCUACCUUCAGCUUCCCUGGAAAGGAUGAAUUUUCAGCUUUUGACAAGUCCAUUUCAAGUUUUUGUUGUUUGUGUGUUUGCUUGUUUGUUUUUGCAGCCUAAAAUAAAAAUGUCAAAUAUAAUUUUAGUUCUCAUCAGAUAAUGUCUUAAUUUUGUACUAAUUCAGGUAGAAACAGCCUUGCUUAAAUUAACUUUGUACCCAGUUUACCAUAUUACUGAAGAAAAGGGUGCCAUAAAGAGGUUCUAUACCCAAAGAAAAUGUCAAAAAAAAAAAACAAAACCU